GAGACCAAAUUCAUGCCUCCCCUAUCUCUUUUACCAUAAACGUCCAAGUACGACACAACUCAUUUUUACAAGACAUGCAAGCACAAACGUCACCCUCGCCCAAUGAUUACCUUGGACUGUCCGAACGUACCGGCCUGAAAACCCUUCCAGAUUCAGUGUAACCACAAUCCUGUCCUCUCGUGCUAUAAAUAUGAACCAACAUUCGGUAUUAAUCUUCCACCAUAAAAUAAGAAAAUUACAGAGUGAAUCUUAUACUAAACCAAUCAAACUAGAUAGCUAGCUAGCAACAGCCAUGGGAGAGGUCGACCCUGCUUUCAUUCAAGACAUCGACCACCAGCAUAAGGUGGUUUGUGCGAUUGCCGAGGCCAAGGGGAUCCCGUUGAUCGACCUCUCAGCUCUGAUCAACUCCCCCGAUGAUUGCCAGGCCAUCGAGGGCCUCAUGGCAGAGGUACGGAGUGCGAGCAAGGAAUGGGGAUUCUUCCUGGUCAUCAACCACGGAGUGCCAUUGGAGAAGCUGAGGAGGCUCGAGGAGGCUGCGCGGAAGUUCUUUGGCCAGCCCCUAGAGGAGAAGAGGAAGGUGAGGAGGGACGAGGUGAGCACGCUGGGCUACUACGACACCGAGCACACCAAGAACGUUAGGGAUUGGAAGGAAGUGUUCGACUUCACCUUGCACGACCCGACCCUGAUCCCGGCAUCGUACACGCCAGACGAUGAGGAGGUGACACAGUGGAGUAAUAAGUGGCCCGAGAACCUUCCUGAAUUGAGGGAAGCCUGCGAAGAGUAUGCGAAAGCGGUGGAGAAGCUCGCAUUCAGGCUGAUGGAGCUGAUUGCCCUGAGCCUGGGCCUGCCAGCGGACAGGUUCCAUGGCUUCUUCAAUGACCACCAGACCACCUUCAUGCGCCUCAACCACUACCCGCCUUGCCCAGCUCCUCAUCUGGCUCUCGGUGUUGGCCACCACAAAGAUUCCGGGGCACUGACCGUCCUCGCACAGGACGAUGUUGGGGGCCUAGAGGUCAGGAGGAAGUCUGACGGGGAAUGGAUCCGGGUCAAGCCCAUCCCCAAUGCUUACAUCAUCAACAUUGGUGACAUUAUUCAGGUUUGGAGCAAUGAGACGUACGAGAGCGUGGAGCACAGGGUGAUGGUGAACUCAGAGAAGGAGAGGUUCUCAAUCCCAUUCUUCUUCAACCCGGCUCACUACACAAUGGUCAAGCCGCUGGAGGAGCUCAUCACGAAGCAGAACCCAGCCAAGUACCGGGCGUAUAACUGGGGCAAGUUUCACAUCACCAGGACGCGCAGCAACUUCAUGAAGCUCAAUGUCGAGAACAUCCAGAUCCACCAUUUCAGGAUCCCAGAGAACAAGAACAAUUAAACUAAAUGAGGCGUGCGAGAAUUCGUUUGACAUUGUACGAUGUUGGCUUGUACUUGUAGUGAUAACAUGGACUCUGGGUUGUUGGUACAUUAGAAAGUACACUUGUCGGACGCAGUGGAUUUCCCUCCUAAAUAAUUAUCAAUAUAU